AAUAAGUCGUCGAAAACGUAGAAACAUUUAUAAACAAAUGAAAACUACCAAUUAAAAAGAAUACGGUGUUUAUUUCUGCUGUUAUGUCUCUAUUACCCUCCCUGAAUAUCAAGGUUGAGAAGAUCACUCCAAAUAAAAGUAACGAGCUUCUUCUGGUUCCUACUUCCUACGAGUAUUCGAUUAAACCCUUUCAACAAGUUAAUUUGCCUUCUGCUUCAUCAUCUCAAAUCCGCAAUUCCAAUUUUAAAGUUUCUUCACAAGAUAGUAAGAAUUUAAUUGAUUCUUCUGCUAAUCGAGUGACAUGCAAUGUAUUAGUUUCUGAAGAUUCAAAAUCUUUAGAAAGUAGCUCGCAUGGAGAAUCUCAGCUAAAUACAAACAAAAAUAGUUUAGUGUAUAAAUGGCCAUACAAAUGCGAUAUUUGUUUCCAACCUUUUAAUAAAAUACCAGCUUAUAUUUCCCAUUAUUACACACAGCAUCUUCAAAAGAAUAAUAAAGGAAUUUCUCUUCUUAAACUUUUAUCGUUAUUCAAUAUUCCACAAAAAGAUUUGAAAAAUGAUUCUACAGAUUCAAAACAUCAAGGUCUUAAAUCUGUAUACAGCUGUAAAAUCUGUAAAAAAGAUUUUAAAGAACAGUGGCUCGUCCAGCUUCAUAACUUGAGCCAUAACAAUAAGAGUAUCAAUCUCAUUGAUACUCAAAGUAAUGUUAAUAAGCUUUUACCUUUAAAAUUAACAUGUGAUAAUGUGCCAUCUCUUGUUUCUUCAUCAUCAUACAGUGGUAACAAUAUAUCCACCCCACAAACUGUUCAUACACCUAUUAAAGGAAAUAAUAUACUUUAUGUCAUAUAUCCGUCUACCAAUGUAUUAACUGCACCAGAAAUAAAAUCUGAAAAGAUAUGUGAAUCUGUUUUAAAUUUACCUUCAGAACCUAUAGCUGAAGCUCAGAAAGUUUCAGUAUCUGAAGUUAAACUGAAAGUUGAGAGUAAAACUAAAUAUGUAUGUGAAAUCUGUAAAGAAUCUUUUGUAGAGAAGUAUUUGUUUAAAAUGCACAAGGCUACUCAUGGUAUAGAAAUUGUUGAAGCGAAAUGUAAGAUUUGCUGUGAAGUUUUUCCAAAUAAACAUCAACUUCAAAAACAUCAACAUAAAUUUCAUGCAGAAGAAUUUCCACAUGGGUGCCAUCUGUGUCCUAAACGAUUCAGGCUUCCUUUUAGGCUAAACAGACACAUUAAUUUUCAUACUAAAAAUUAUCCUUUUACUUGUUCUGUGUGUAAUAAGGGUUUUACUAGUGAUAUUGGCUUUAAAAAUCAUACCAAAAUGCAUGAAGAAGGUAAACUUUAUCAAUGUGAUUUGUGUGGUUUAUCUUUUCAGCAUAAAAGAGGAUUAGUUAAUCAUUACGUUAUUCAUUUUAAAAAGAACAGUAAAAAAAAAUCUGCUGUUAAGAAGCUGUAUACCUGCGAUGAUUGUGACAAGACCUUUAAGAACAAAUUCAAUCUUAAAAUUCAUUCAUUUGUGCAUACAGGAAAGACUCCUUCAGAGCACUUCUGUAAAGAUUGCGGCAAAACAUUUAACAAUGUAUCGAACAGAAAACGCCAUGAAUUGAUUCACAAGGGUGUGAAAUUUUAUACGUGUGAUAUUUGUAAAAAAGGGUUUGAUAGGAAACAGAAAUUCAACGAUCAUUUAAAUACUCACUCUGGGGAGACGCCAUAUGAAUGUAAUCUGUGCAGCUUGAAAUUCUGUCAAAAAAUAGAGCUUACUCAACACAUAGUUGAGCAUACUGGGAUAAAACCUUAUUCUUGUGAAAUAUGUCUUAAAUCAUAUAAUAAUAAAGGUUGCCUGAGAAGUCAUGUGAAAGGACAUUUGAACUUCAGAGCACAUGUGUGCAAUGUGUGUAAUAAAGCUUUUCGAAGUCUUACAGAUUUGAAAGCACACUAUAGAAGUCAUACUGGUGAAAAACCAUAUGUGUGUGAAGUGUGUCAGAAAGGGCUUUCAAGUAGAUAUGCUUUGAAAAUUCAUUUCAGGAUUCAUACAGGGGAAAAACCUUAUGAAUGUGACACGUGCCAUAAGACAUUUAGAGUAAAAAAAUGUUUUGAUGAUCACUUUAAGACGCACCGUAAUUGCAAAGCUCCGUCAACUUUGUAAUUUAAAAGCUUUGAUCUAUGCUUCUGUUUUUUGAAAAAAGAAAGUCCUUUAACCAGAGCUCAUUCUAGGCAGUGUAAACAGGGCGAAGCACCCUGCUGCCCUUUUAGUCAAAAGAAUCCACCCUGUUGCCCCUGAUGUAAAAGACUCAUGCCUUUUCUUUCCUCAACUCUAAUUUGUUUUCCCCUCAAACUCUACUAUGGAUUUCUUAAACUUUUGUUAUUUUUAACUCUUUUUAUUUAGUUUGUUGUUGCUGUCAAUACAUAGAUUCAAUAGCCAUCAUACCCCUUUGUUGCACUUGUCAUUGAAAGUUUGCAGUUACUUCCACUCUCAUUAAAUCAUAAUUAUUAUUAAUCAUUUUAAUUAUUAAAUCAUAUCUACAAACACUUAAAAACAUACAUUUAUUAUUUUAUUAAUAUAUGCAAGCAUUUUAAAUAAAUUACUAAGUUAAUUAGCUCAAUAACUCGAUAUAUAUGUUAAUUUAUUAAUAAAAAUGAGUAAAUAUGAUUGCUUUGCUACUGUNAGAAAAAAAAAAAAAACUUCUUUUUAUAAUCUACAAUGUUUUUUAAUAGAACGUGUAAAGCCCAUAGAAAGAAAUUAUUGCCUUUUUAGAAUAAUAAUGCCCCUUUUUUAAACUUUUGCACCCUGCCCUUUUUUCUGCUUAGAAUGAGCUCUGCUUUAACUAAGAACUAGUGUUUUUAUGUCUUUGUAUGCAGGAGUGCAAAAUAUCUCGGGGAGGGGGGGGGUAAAUUCAGACAACCAUGGGUAAAUUUUUAGUCAAAUUAGAAAAAAUUGUUAAAAACUUUUUAUUUUGAAAAAAAUUUAAAAAAAAUUUCCUUAUAAAAAACUUUAUGUCAAUUUUAUUAGUUUAAAUUCCUUAACCAAGACCUUAAAUUUAAUUUAAUAAAUUAUUAUAAUUUCAGUAGGUAUAUUUUGGUUUUUAUUACUUUUAACAUGCAUGCUACUUUUUCAUAAAUUGCUUAAAAACUAAUAUUUUUUUUUCCUUUGCUAACGAAAAAGAUAUCAAAAAUAUUUUGAAAAAGUUAUGUUAAUUUUUAAAAAAAAGACUGUAAUCUUUAGCGAAGUUUCAAACUAAAAAAAAACUGCUUUUAGGGGAAAUAUUAGACUGAGAAUAAUUUGCACCAUUGCAUCUAUGUUAUUUUAUAAUCCACUUGUUUAAAUUUUUAAAUGUUGUAAUUUUUUAUAAUGUAUGCCUGUUUUGUUAGUUCUUAGUUGAGCUUUUUUUACUGAAUUAAAACUUUUUAUUUAUCUAUCCCAUGAAUUAAUUAUGAAAGUUUUAACUGUUUUUUUAAAGUUGUAUUAAGUACACUUUCUUGAUGUA